AUGGUGCCACUUAUCUUCCUACUUUUCUUAUCCCUUUCUUAAUUUAAAAUAAUUUUUCCUUAUAUGUAUUUAUUUUAAAAUUUUCAAUUUUUGAGAAAUUCAUAGAGGCCAUAUACUAUAAGAAACAUCGAAACCUAACUCCCCCCCCCCCCCCUCCGUGAGCGAACAAAAAAAUUUUGUUCGCUCACGGAGGGGGGUUAAUUUUUUUUUUAAAAAAAAUUUAUAUAUAAAUUUUAUAAAAAAUAUUUUUUUCGAAAUUUAAAAAAAUCCUAAUUUGCAAAAAUUGGGAAGCAAAUAUUAAUUUAAUUUGCAAAAUUUAUGUUUUAAAACGCAAUUUGUUUAAAAUUAAACAGAAUUAGCUCUAGAUUUCAUUAUACUAAUUAUCACUUAUAUAUCAAAAUUUUUUUCCAUUAAAAUUUUUUCUAUUAAAAAAAAUUUUUGUUCACUCACGGAGGGUGGGUUUUUGGUCAAAAAAAUGGCGAUUUUUCUAAUGGUUUUGUUCGCUCACGGAGGGGGGGGGGGGAGUAAGCAGUGUAUUAUUAAUUUUUAAUUGAAUAAACAAAGGCAAUUUCUGAAAAAAAAAACUUAAACAAGGUAAGUUAGGAGUUUUAUCAAAACGCCUGUCACCACUUAACUAUGAAGGUCCACUUGAUAUUGGCCCAAAUUAUCAAACACUUUGGUUUACAGAGGACCUUGACCAUAUAAACAGGGAUCCAGGCACAAUAAAUAUCCGUGUUCUCUAUAGUCAAGGCAGCCCAACAGCUCCUCUCUUUGUAUACACAGGUAAUGAAGGCCCAAUAACUCAAUUUUAUCAAAUGACUGGGUGGCUUGUAGGAACUUUAGGCCCACAGUACAAUGCUUCAGUUGCAUUUAUUGAGCAUAGAUAUUAUGGGGAAUCAAUUCCAAGUCCAUUUAUCCUUAUAUUUAUAAGCUAAAUUAAAAAGUUUUCCUAUAAAAAAUAGAUUUUUUUUGUUAUUUCAAUUUUAAAUAGCAUAGUUGGAAAUAUCUGAGCACCGACCAAGUCUUAUGGGACUUUGCAGACAUUAUCCAGCAGCUUAAGCCAAGCAACUCCACACCUGUUAUUGUAUUUGGAGGCUCCUACGGUGGGAUGUUAGCUGCCUAUUUUAGAAUUAAAUACCCACAAUUCGUAGACGGCGCCAUUGCAAGCUCAGCACCAGUCCUAAUGCCAUUAGACGUAAAUGGGACCUCAUAUGCAAGGAUCAGUACAAAUGAUUACUUUAAUGUGGACAGAGACUGCGAAGGAAACAUUCAUAAUGGUUUCUUAAUCCUAGACAAUUUUAUUGACAGACCUUUAGUUUAUACAGCCCUUGAAAACAUUUUUAACCCUUGCCAGUCAAUACAAGAACAAGGUGACGUUCUAGCUUUAGAAGAUUUUAUAGCAGACGCUUUUCAGGGAAUGGCACAAUUUGACUACCCUUACCCUACAAACGUAGACAGUCUUUUGCCAGGUUUCCCUGUUAACGUGUCCUGCUCUAUCAUGUCCCAGUUCUCUCAAAACGAAAACAUGUGGCAAGCACUCAUGGGAUUUGCCCAGAUUAAUAACUUGUUUUAUAAUUCGACUGGAAAUUUAACAUGCUAUGAUUUAUAUGGAGGUGGAAGUGGGCUUGAGCCAUGGACCUAUCAGACCUGCACUGAGCUGAUUUUCCCAAUCGGACAAUAUGGGCUGCCAAAUGACAUGUAUCCAGUAAGACCUUGGAAUUAUCAACAAUGGGCCAAAAUGUGUCAAGGCCUCUUUGGAGUGUCGCCAAGACCUGAUUGGGCGCCUAUUAACUAUGGAAUGGGGACAAAUGACGUAAAUAUUACCUUGGCCUCAGCUUCAAAUAUUGUGUUUACUUAUGGAACUUUAGAUCCAUGGGGAGGCGGGUGCAUUCAAGAGCCUAUUAAUGACCAAACAACAGUUAUAGGAAUCAAAGGAGGAGCUCACCAUUUAGAUUUAAGAACGCCAAACCCAAGAGACCCUCAGUCUGUGCUUUAUGCACGCUCCAGAGAGGUAGCGAUGAUAAACCAAUGGAUAUCUCAAGCAAUGGAGAAAUUUUCUAGGUAA